AUGGCAGGGAAGGAUGUAGUGGUGCCAACACGGGGUUGCCAACUGGAGCAGCUCGUGCUGACGUGGAGCAUCGAGGACAUCUUGAACGACGAGCUGCUCCGAGAGAAGGUACGGCCCAUACCAACCACCUUCCCGGAUUUACUCUCGUACCUGUCUGCCUUCCGCUGGCCCCUGCUGGAGGAGUGCCGUGCGGGGCUCAAGUGUGGCCUUGAGCAGCUGCCUGCCGCCGCCUCCACACGGAUCGUGGUCAAAGCGGUGCAGAAGGGUGGUGAUAUGCGGGCAACGAGAGCGGAUGGAUGCGGCGAGGUGGAGAGGGAUGACUGGCAGCGGCAGUUUGUAAGUUACUCUGGUGAUGACGACUACUGCCAGGGCGAGGUCCACGGGCGUUCAGUGCACGGUAGUGCGUUGGAUGAGAUCGCACCACCGUGGUGCAUGGUGCCACAUGGCCAGCCGAUUGGUUGGGGCAGAGGCCAGCUGGGAGGCGCCGCAGGGGAGGCACACUCGACGGCUGCGUGCUCUGAAACGGAGAGAUUCUGCUACGUGCGCUUUGAAGUGCAGCAGCAGCAGUCUGCAGGGGCCGCUGGGGCACCAGCGAGGCUGCAGUGGGGAGGUGCAGCAAGGCUGAGGCUGAAGCCCACAGAUGUGGUGCUGCUGUCCACUGUAGCCCCCUCUGCCCCCACUGAACUGCUCCGCCCGGGGGUGCUGUAUCACCUUGCUGUCCUUCUUGCGGAGAGAAACUCGUCCGGGGAGGAUGGAGACAGCGAUCGCUGUUUCCGGGCCAGGAUAUGCACUCCAGAGGAUUCGCCCGAGUAUCAGGGCCUGGUUGGGGCAGUGGACGGGGGGGAGUGUGCAGGUGGUGCGUCGUGUGCGGCUCCUCCUCUGCUGCAGCUCGUGCAAGGCCCGCCUGGCACAGGAAAGACCCACACGCUCUCCGUGCUCCUCUCUGUUGCGCUUGCUCUUGGUGUUCGCACUCUCGUCUGUGCGCCCACCAACGUGGCCGCAGCUGAAGUCGCCAGGCGAAUGUUGCGCCUCGCUCUUUCGCCCGACCCGUCCUCCCACUUCCCAGGCUACUACCAGUCACAGCAGCAGCAGCAGCGGCUUUCAGACGGAUGGCCGUUUCAGUUUGAGAAGGCCUUCUUGGCUGGAGGGCGGCUGCACGUUGGAGAUAUCGUCCUGGUGGCGAAUGAAGGAAGGCUGGUGGUAGACCCAGAGCUGGAUUCUAUUCUCCUAGGGGAAGGGAGGAGGAGGGAGCCUGGGGCGUUUCUGAAGCGGAAGGGGGGUGUGUGCUGUGGACGGGUAACGCGGCUGCUAGGAGCUUUGUCUUUGCAGUCAGGCUGGAGAUCGUCUGUGCUCAUGCUGAUGAGCUUUCUUGAAACCUCCAAGGAGGAAAUGAGUCGGGUCCACCAGGCGCACUUAAAGGUGUUGGAGAUAAGGAUCAAAGAGGAACCUGGCUGGAAAAAGAGCAAGAUGGUAAGCAAUAAAGGGACAGAAGGCCUUCCGAACCUGCUUGAGUUCUUUCAGGAGCGUGUGCUUCAGCUCGUUGAACCAGCUAUGGAGGGCGCUGUGAGCCUGGCUUACGAUCUGCCCUCCGCCCUUUUGCCAGAGCGCGAGCGUGUGCAGCUGCUGCAGGCGGGUGAGCUGAUGGCAGCCUUGCGACAACUCCUGCUUUGCCCAGGGCUCUCAUCGGAUGCUGUGCUAAGCUGGCUUGAUGGGUCACAUACACAGGAGGAGGAUGGCUUCGAGUUCAGCAUAUCCUCUGUUCUACAGGAGGCUGCUCGGCUUCUUGCACCUUUUGAGGAUGUUAACAGGUGUGGCGAAAUCAGGAAGACUUCCAGCUGGGCUGGUAGGAUGCUUAGGUUGGGAGCAAGGGGACCCAUCAACAAUCAAGUUGCUGCCAAUGCCACUGCUAGCACCAGCCAGUCUUCUGCCAUAAGCAACGACUCCACUGUCGCCAGCAGCUCAACCAGGGAUGCGGGCAUCUCUCUCCCGCAAGCCGAGUGUCUCUUCCACUCCAUCCGCCGCCACCUGAAGCACAUCGGCAAGCAGAGCCCCGCCUUCCACAUCCCCACCCUCAGCAGCAACCCAUCAGCUGCCACCGUGGCCGCUCAGUGCGUGGCAGGCGCACGCCUCGUCCUCUCCACCGUCUCCUCCUCUGCCCGCGCUCUCAUCCGCUGCUCGGGCCACUUCCCACUGCUGCUGCUGGACGAGGCGGCUCAGCUGGUGGAGGCGGAGUCCCUUGUGGCCCUGCAAGCGCGCGGGCUGCGCUAUGCCGUGCUGGUGGGGGACCCCAAGCAGCUGCCUGCUACCGUCAUGAGCAAGGUGGCAGUGCAAGGCCACUAUAACCGCAGCCUGUUUGAGCGCCUGCAGAGCACCGGGUGGCAUGCAGAGCUGCUGAGCGUGCAGUACCGCAUGCACCCGGACAUCAGCCGCUUCCCCUCGCACUGCUUCUACCACGGCCGCAUCGAGGACGGCCCCAACGUGUGCCAGCCCUCGCACUGCCCUCCGCACCUGCAUCUGCUGUUUGGCCCGUACAGGUUCUUCCAUGUGAGGGGGCGUGAGGAGAGGGACUCUGUGGCUGUGGAUGCAGGCAGCCACAGCGUUGCCAAUUCGGUUGAAGCUGCUGUCGUGAUCGCGCUGCUCAUGCGCCUCUCCAAUGCAUGCGGAGGCAAGGAGGGCGGGGCUGUGAAGGUUGGGCUCAUCUCGCCAUAUGCCCGCCAGGUGGAGCUGUUGCAGCGCGCAGUGGAGGCCAAGCCUCUAAACGUGGCCAUCACCCGUGCGCGCCACACUCUCUGGGUGGUGGGCGACACACACACGCUGCGAAGAGGAGACAGCAUGUGGGCGCAGCUGCUGCAGGAUGCGGAGAGGCGUGGGUGCCUGGUGGAGGCUGGGAGCGAUGAAGGGCUGGCAAGGGCUGUGGAGAGGCGGUGGGUGCAGGUGGGGGAAACGCAGCAGCUGCUGAAGCCCCACUCGGGGCUCUGGGCCGGCUUGCACUGGGAGUUGAUGACAGAUCGCGGUCCAGUAGUGGGUGCAGAUUCAACUCGUGCUGCUUCAGCGUGCACUCUCUUUCCUCCUUCCCUUCUCUUCUCCCUGCGCCGUGCCUCUGCGCUGCGCCUGCUGCCUGCCGCACUGCAGGCAGCAUUCAGCCAGGAGUUUCAGCGCAGCAUGCGGCAGGCGCCGUCGCUGGAGGUAAUCAAUGCAGUGCGGCACCUCAUGCAGGGCCACCGCCCGCAGUGGGACACGCGGCCGCGGCACGAGCUCAGCGACCCGCGCUAUCACGACAUCAUUCGCGUGCAGCCUGUGGGGCGCGCCUUUCUCAUCUGGACCAUGAUCAAGGUGUGGGACGUGGUGCCAGAGCGUGGGGUGCUGCCGUGGCUGCACCGUCUGGCGAAAGGCCUGGAAUCGUUCUCAGACCAGCGCCUCGACUGCUGCGCUGCAAGUCCACCCGGCUCCGCUCGCAGGGUGCACCCCCGCCAGUUCAACCGCCAUGCUCCCUUCGAGUGGUGGAGGGGCCAACGGAUCCACCGUGUGCCAGGCACGGGCAAGACGACAGUGAUCACCCACCGCCUGCUACUGCUGGAGCACACGUUCCGCCGCGCCAUGAACGAGAGGCGCCUUCUGACUUUUGAAAAAGCUCCAAAUGUGCGCACUGGAUGCAGUGGCGCCUCAAAUGGCAGAGAGAAGGACGGCUGGGGGACAUAUGAGGAGCUUGAGGAGAGUGAGGAAGAGGAGGGUGAAGGGAAGAGUGGGGGGGAGGGAGAGGAGGAAAGGAGUAGACUGCGGCAGGUGGUUGUGACUCCGAAUGCGCGCCUGUGUGCUGCCAUCAAGCGCUAUGUGAACAAGGCCACGAGGACUAUGCUGCAAGCGGAGGAGCAUGGCGGCCCCUGCUUGCCAAAUGGACACGCGGGGAGAGGGGAGGGAGAAGGACAGUUGGCACCGGCAGGGGAGGAGGAGCAGGAGGAGCUGCUGUUGUUGGAGGAAGCAGAGGAGAAACUUCUGGGCGACCUACCAGAAUCUCUGGAUUCAGUGCCGCCAGCUGCCUUCCCUCUUGUACUCACCUUCAAGAAGCUUCUCAGCAUGGUGAAUGCCACACUGUCACACCCGUUCCAGACGGGAGGGAGCAGCACGGGCAGUGGAUGGGGCCGAGGAGGGUCCGUGGGAGGUCGCUGGAGUGGUGACGGCUUGCCUGGUGGCGUGAAUGCAGUGUGGGGUGAGGAGAACGAUGAGGACGACUAUAGUGAGGAUGAUGAUGAUGAAGAGGAUGAGGGGGGGCUGUUUAGCGCACACAGGUGGCGAGGGGGCAGGCUGCAAUGCAUCGGCUGCAGCACUAGAACCAGCACCACUGGAAUAGCCCCCAGCAGCAGCAUUGUUAGCAGAACUCGUGGCAGCGUCAAAAGCAGGAGCAGCAGCGGCACUGCUGCUGCAUGGGUUCCAGAAGAGGUUGACUACGAGCGGUUUGAGGUAGUCUACUGGCCGCGGCUCAACGCGGCAACCACUCGUCAUCUCGACGCGUCCGCGGUGUUCAAGGAGAUGUUCUCCCACAUCAAGGGCUCCCUGCACGCGCUCAGGUCACCGCACGGCCGUGUGUCUCUGCAGGACUACGUGCUGCUGGCGCGCACGCGCACGUCGAGCCUGAACGAGGAGCAGCGCACGGCCAUUUACGCGCUCUUCAUGCAGUACGAGAAGCUGAAGCGGCAGAGAGGGGACCACGACAUGUGCGACUACGUCUUCCAUGUUUACAAGCAGCUGGAGAAAGGGGCUACACGGCUCUGGACCCCCGCUACUGCUGCUGCGACUGCUGCAGCAGGCACUGCCUGUGGUAGCACCAGCACUCCUCCUCCGUAUGGCAGCAAGGCUGGCGUUUCUUCAGCUGCGAUCGGGACAAGCAGGGCUGUGGGUGCUGGCGGGAAAGUCGUCGCAGGGCCACCAUUCCAGUACGUGUAUGUGGACGAGGUGCAGGACCUGACGCAGGCACAAAUCGCCAUCCUGCAAUUCCUCUGCUCCAAUGUCGCCACUGGGUUCUUCUUUGCCGGUGACACUGCCCAGACCAUCGCCCGCGGGGUGGACUUUUCUGCCCCCUUCCCUUCCCCCUUCCCUUCCCCCUUCCCUUCCCCCUUCCCUUCCCCCUUCCCUUCCCCCUUCCCUUCCCCCUUCCCUUCCCCCUUCCCUUCCCCCUUCCCUUCCCCCUUCCCUUCCCCCUUCCCUUCCCCCUUCCCUUCCCCCUUCCCUUCCCCCUUCCCUUCCCCCUUCCCUUCCCCCUUCCCUUCCCCCUUCCCUUCCCCCUUCCCUUCCCCUUCCCUUCCCCCUUCCCUUCCCUUCCCUUCCCUUCCCCCUUCCCUUCCCCCUUCCCUUCCCCCUUCCCUUCCCCCUUCCCUUCCCCCUUCCCUUCCCCCUUCCCUUCCCCCUUCCCUUCCCCCUUCCCUUCCCCCUUCCCUUCCCCCUUCCCUUCCCCUUCCCUUCCCCCUUCCCUUCCCCCUUCCCUUCCCCCUUCCCUUCCCCCUUCCCUUCCCCCUUCCCUUCCCCCUUCCCUUCCCCCUUCCCUUCCCCCUUCCCUUCCCCCUUCCCUUCCCCCUUCCCUUCCCCCUUCCCUUCCCCCUUCCCUUCCCCCUUCCCUUCCCCCUUCCCUUCCCCCUUCCCUUCCUCCUUCCCUGUUCUUUCGCUGUUCAUUCUCUUGUCCUUCCCUUCUCCUUCCCUUCUCCUUCCCUUCUCGUUCCCUCCUCCUUCCCUCCUCCUUCCCCUUUCUUACCCUGCUGCUUCCCUUCUCCUUCCCUGUUCCUUCCCUUCUCCUUCCCUCCUCCUUCCCUUCUCCUUUCCCUCUCUGUCCCUUCUCCUUUCCUUCUCCUUCCCCUUCCCUUUCCCAUUCCCUUUCCCUUAAUUUUUUCUUUCACCUCCUUUCCCUUUCCCUCAUCUUCUCCGUCGUCUCAUCUGCUGUGA